AUUGCACUUAGUGGACCAGGAUACACAAAACAAAGUUCAGGAGAAAGAAGAGGACUGCUCACUUGUGAAGUAUUUCAGCGUGGUGUGGUGCAAGGCAUCAAAGAAGAAGCAUAAGAAAUGGGAAGGAGAUGCUAUUCUCAUUGCCAGAGGAAGAUCGGUGACAUUAAAGGAUAUGGAAGGCAAAGAUAUCGGGAGAGGCACUGGAUACAAGCUGAAGGAUCUGGAGAACUUGGAAGAAGGGCAGACCUUAAUGAUUGGUGGAAAAGAGAUUGAGGUCAUGGGCCCUAUCACAGCAGAGGAUUACACUAGUGGCAGAUGUUUCCACUCAGCAGUGGUGUCACCCACUCCCGCUCCCGUAGAUUUCCUCCAACCCAAACCAUUCUCCAACCCAAUGAAAAAUGUCAGCAAAGAGACUAUAGCUAAAGACCUCCAGACCUGCAAACCUCGCCAUGACCCCAGCACACCAGAUUCCAUAGUGAUGCCCAGACCGUCCCAGGAUCUUCAGAGAAUGUUCAGCAAGUCCAGUUUGCCUAUUGUAGACGUGGUGGUUGAUCCUUAUGUGGCUGUACAUCUGAGAACGCAUCAAAAAGAAGGCAUUCUGUUCCUUUAUGAAUGUGUGAUGGGCAUGAGGGUCUCUGGCCAGUAUGGAGCUAUCCUGGCAGAUGAAAUGGGUUUGGGUAAAACACUUCAAUGCAUCGUAUUGAUAUGGACCCUUCUGCGCCAAGGUCCUUAUGGAGGCAGGCCUAUUAUAAAGAGAGCUUUGAUCGUCACCCCAGGGAGUUUGGUGAAGAACUGGAGGAAAGAAUUUCAAAAGUGGUUGGGCACAGAGAGAAUUCGAGUGUUUUCAGUCGAUCAGGAUCACAAAGUGGAAGAAUUCAUCAACUCUCCCUUGUAUCCUGUGCUGAUCAUCAGCUACGAGAUGUUGUUACGCUCUAUGGACCAAAUUCAGAGCCUGGGCUUCGACCUAAUUGUCUGUGACGAGGGGCAUCGGUUAAAGAACAGCUCCAUAAAAACCACAACAGCACUUAGCAGUUUGUCUUGCAGCAAAAGAAUUAUUCUCUCAGGUACCCCUGUACAAAAUGAUCUGCAGGAGUUUUUUGCUUUAAUAAAUUUUGUAAACCCGGGAAUACUUGGUUUGUUGUCUACUUACAGAAAAAUAUACGAGGAUCCUAUUUUACAAUCCCGGGAGCCUUCAGCAUCCAAAGAACAAAAAAGUUUAGGAGAAGAAAGAGCUUCAGAACUGGCCCGUCUGACAAGCCUUUUCAUCCUCCGAAGAACACAGGAGGUCAUUAAUAAAUUUCUCCCUCCUAAGAUCGAGACCAUAAUCUUCUGCAAGCCCUCCAUAUUUCAGCUUAAUUUGUACAGAAAACUUCUCAAUUCCGGUCUUGUAAGAUCCUGCUUACAAGGGCUGGGGGAGAACAGCCCCCAUCUGGUCUGUAUUGGUGCACUCAAGAAACUUUGUAACCACCCAAGGCUUCUCUACAAGACUCUCCAGGAGAAGACUUCAAAUCCGAAUGAGGAGGAACUGAGCUUCUAUGAAAGUUUAUAUGAUCUGUUUCCACAUAGUUAUAAUACAGAGACGGUAUCAGAGUCUGAGUCUGGAAAACUGCAGGUUUUAAUGAAGCUUUUGGCAGCAAUAAAAGAACACAGUCCAUCUGAGAGAGUAGUCCUUGUGUCUAACUAUACGCAGACGUUAAACAUAUUGCAAGCACUAUGCCAGCGGCACGGGUACAAUUGCACCAGACUGGAUGGACAAACGCCGGUCAGUCAUAGGCAGAGAAUUGUGGACGGAUUUAACAGCAAAUAUUCCUCAGACUUCAUCUUCCUGCUGAGUUCUAAAGCUGGCGGCGUGGGCCUGAACCUGAUUGGGGCAUCACAUUUAAUUCUGUAUGAUAUAGACUGGAAUCCUGCUAACGACAUACAGGCAAUGGCUCGUGUAUGGAGAGAUGGUCAGCAGCACACUGUGCACAUCUACAGGCUUCUGACCACAGGCACAUUAGAGGAAAAGAUCUAUCAGAGGCAGAUAAGUAAACAGGGCCUCUCCGGGGCUGUAGUUGAUCUGGCAAAGAAGUCAGAACAUAUCUGUUUUUCUGUGGAUGAGCUGAGAGAUCUCUUCACUUUGGAUGAAGACAGUGACUGUGUGACCCAUGACUUGCUAGAUUGUGGUUGUACACAAACAAAGCAUUAUCCAGGUGGUUCCACUGGAAAAGACAUAACACCAGGGAGGCCCCUUAAUAAGCUCAAUAAGAAUGUUUCCAUGUCUGAGCUGAUGGAGUGGAAACACUUUUCCAUGGAGCAGAGUGCUGAUGACCCUUUCCUACAGUCAGGGAGAGAAUAUAUUUCCUUUGUUUUCCAGAACAUGACCAACAGCCAAACCUGAACUGUAAUCAGAGGUCACAGAGACUUUCUCCCUCAGGACUC